AUGCCUUGCGGAGGAACUACUGUCGAAUUCAAUGAGGAAGAGAACACCAUUUAUAUUACGGGUCCUCAGCUCCAAGACUUCCUGAAUUUCGCUUGCUCGACGGUUAUGAUCGUUGCCGUCCUUCAACUGGUUACAAUGAUAACAAACAGCCAAGCAAUAAUUGUGAUUGUGGCUAGUGUCCUAACAGUCACCCAGACAAUGUGGCACCUUCGAGAACAAAAUAAUUCGACUAACACUGUUGAUAAGACCAUGAACAAUCUUGACGAAUAUCCUGCUACAUCUUUAUUGACGAACCUUUGUCAGAAGACAAAUCUUUCUCAAAAAAAAGAUAAAAACGUAUAA